AUGGAAUACGAGGAGACGUAUAUUGCUAUCCUGUGCGCCAUACCUUUCUACUAUCUCCGCAACGUCAAGGAGAUCACCUUUCCGACUUCACACGAUUUCUAUAACGCCAUUCACUGCCAGCUUCAACUUCAAGAUGGUCAUCUAGAACCCAUGCAGGAAUCACCGGCAGUGGGUCGCCUCCCAUCUCUUAGCUCUCUAGCAUUCGAACCCGCUUCAUCCUUGUCUAUCGAAUUUGACCCUUAUGACAUUGCCAAAAUGGUUACAAUAUCGAGUGGCAUCUCGGACAUCUACCUGCGUGGACUUAUCCUAUACUCUCAAGGGUUUUAUGGUCAUCCGAAAGCGUACAUCCGCAGCAUAGUCCUGCAGGAUGUUCUUGUUGCGAUGGCGACCGACAACGUUGACCAACAGACCUGGAGCCACCCACCCUGUCCCUCAGAGAUUCAGAGAGUAUUACGCGGAAGCCGAAGAUCGCUUCGGACGCUGUGCUUUUACUACUGCUUCCCCAUCCGCUGGAUUGACCAAAACGACUGGAUUUUCGAGUCUUUUGAGGCCUUCAAGGUCUUAGAGAACUUGUGGGUGGACGCUUGGAGCUGCGGAUGGGCGGUCAAUAACAGCGUCGAAAAUGGACUCGAUGUCGAGUCCGAGUCCAACUUCGAGGAGGAGUCUAUGUCGCCGGCUGCGGCUGUCACUUUGAUUCGGACGCUUCCCUCUUCUCUCCGGUGCCUUCACAUCCACGGCCCCGUUGACCGCAUUUACAACAGUUUGAGAUGGCUGGCAGGCCAUUGCCGGGACGGGAUGAUGCCUCGCCUCAAAGAAAUCGCCUUUGAUGAUUUGGAGUCCACAAUGGCCACUGAGAAGCUCAAGGUUAUGUUCAGGGAGGCGGGGGUCUGGACUUGCAGUGUGGACAUGGAUCCGAUAUCGUGGUGA